AUGGAUAGUCCAGUCAUAAUAUUUUCAUUUAUAGGAAGUAGUGCCACUGGUUUUGCCCUAUAUUAACUUAUACCCUUGCUUUACCAAUUAAAGAAGAAAUACAUUGAAUUCUAAUAAAUCAAUGAAUUUACACCUACAUCUCUAUUAAAUUACUUCAAUCAAACCUAACAAACUACAGUUGAAGCAUUUAUUGCAGGAGAAUUGAUUUCUGAUAGUCCAAUAAUUUCAAAGGUUCCACUCAUUUUAAGUGAAAAGAAAAUCUAUUACAUAUAUGAAAAUGGCAUGUAUGUACAUGUUUUUAUUUCAUAGAAAAAAAUUAAUCAAAACUCUCCAACAUGGUGCAUCUUAAUUAAGUAUUGCUGAUUAUUAUAAUAAAAUUGAAAUAUGGAAAAGUUCAACUCUUAAUUAUCAAUAUUCCUUGAGUCAUAUAUGGGAUAGAUUUCUACCUAAAUAAUUAAGUAUUUUUUAAAGAUUAGCUAAUUUCAUUUUAAAAACAACUAAUUUAAUCAAAACAAGAAAAUUAUUUUUCAAAGGUUUUCAUACUGGACUUCUAGAAAGAGAAUUUGGUAUAAUAGCAAAGGAAUUCUAUGUAAUAUAUGGUGAAAUUAUACUUGAUAAAAAGUUAAAUAAAAUGUUUCUAUAAAAUCCAAAAUACAUAUUAAAAAGCAAGAAAUAAUUGUUAUUAUUAAUAUAAUAACAAAUUAAAUUCAAAAGAAUAACAAUAGCAAUCCUUGUUACUAUAUUUACUAUUUGGACAUAUAUUUUAGGUUGCAGUAUAAAAAAUUUAAUUUUUAAAUUUCUUAAAGAUAGAGAAAAGAAAAGAUUAGAUAAAUUAAGAGGAUAAAAAUAUCUAGAAAUUAAUAAUUAUGAAUGUUAAAUCUGUUAUGAAAGACCUAGAAAUAUUAUUAUUAAACCUUGCAAACAUCUAACCAUCUGUCAUGAAUGUUUAUAAAGAUUUAAGUAAUCCAAAUGUCCAAUAUGCAAAUAAUAGAUAGAAGAUUAUAUCGAAAUCUUUUUUACUUGA